GAGUUAGGUACGUACACCAAACCGUACUGUGUCUGUGAAUGUGUGGGUGAAAUGAUCUGUUUGAGCAACAGAACCAAGGAAGAGGAACCAAGGGCCUCUGUGGUGUGAAAGGGUGCCACAGUCACAUGUCUCUACCAGUUCAUUUCACCUUACACUGUUCCAAACGCAGCCAGUGGAUUUCCGUACAGUGGAUUUAAAUGGGCAACCUUUAGAUGCUGCAGUGUUCCAAGUGUUUCAAGUCUUGGUAAUUAGCUAGCUCCAUCUCCCAGCAUCACAGGGGCUGUGUUACCAUGGCAACUAGCAAGCAGAGCUUUGUGAGAUCUACUGAGAAUCCGUACCCAGUGUCUACACAGAGAGAGGAAGAGAUGCUUGUAAAGGCCCCUCUAACAACAAUGUAUGUCCACGACGGUUCUGCCCCUGGACUGCAGCAAUAUCGUCAGGCUCGACCUGGGGCCUUGCAGGAUGCAGUGGUUGUACCACUGUUCGUGCCAAGAAUGUGCAGCAACCAGCCUCUGCCCGCUCUGACAUUGCAUAUAGCCAGCACUACCACUUUGCAGCAACAAAGGCUGGGUGCUCCAGCAACCUCAUCAAGACCCAAGUCUAUCGGAAAGCAUGUUUGUCCACAUUGUGGCAAGGAUUGUCUGAAGCCCAGUGUGCUCGAGAAACACCUCCGCUGUCACACAGGAGAAAGGCCGUAUCCCUGCACCACCUGUGGUAUUUCUUUUAAGACACAAAGUAACCUUUAUAAACACAAGCGCACCCAGGCUCAUGCCCGCCUCUUCAGUGAAUCUGACAAAGGCACUUUCAGCAGCCAGGAGAGCACGAAUAUUUCAAAGGACAACUGUAUCAGUUCAUCCUCUGAGAUGCACGGUGAAGACUCAGUUGAUAUGAAGAACACUGAUGAGGUUUUUCCUGCAGUGUCAGUGACAACACAUUGUCAAGUUGACAGGUGCACAGAGUCUGGCACAGAAUGGCCAUUACACAAAACCUUCAUUGACGGAUUUAGCACAACACCAACACUGCAUGACAAAGUCGUUACUUCAAGCAAAAAUGUGAAGUUAUCAUCUGAGAGUAAAGACAGUUGUGCUUACAAAAACAGAAGCACCUCCGGUGAAAAUGAGCGUGUACCACUAACUUCAAACCGGACACCCCUUCAGAGGCAAGAAGCUUUAUUUUCUAAGCCAUGGGAGUCUCCUGCAUCCCGAAGAAAGUCUCAGAGCCAUGACAGCACAGACUCUGGUUUUAGUGAUAGCAGUGAGCAUCAUUCAUUCAGCAGCCCUGGGUCAAGCUUACACGAUCCUAGUAUGGAAUCACUACCAGAAACCACUAUGAAACACCAAGAACUAUGUGCCUCUCAGGCACCCUUAAAAAUGAGCCUUAAUGACACCAAAAGCAAGGUAUCUAUUCAGGAGAAACAAAAGUUGGAGGAACGUAUUUCAAAGCUUAUUCAUGAAAACAGUGUUUUGGUGGAGGAUAAACAACUGGAAAAUGUCCGUCCAAGGAAGACUGUAUUGUCAAAGCAAGGAAGCAUUGAUCUUCCUGUGCCGUACACUUAUAAAGAUUCCUUUCAUUUUGAAAUAAGGAGCAGCAAACAUUUUACGAGCUCCCAAAAACAAGACAGAGGAGGCGGGGAUAUUUACAGCUCUAUGCCUACACAGGACUUUACUAGCCUGGAGCAUGCACCGUUAACACGAAGCAGUUCUUUACCUUUCACCAUGGGUGGCAAACAUAGUGAUGGAGCAAUUAACCCAAAUAUAAGUAGAAGAUGUAGUGCAGGGCAUGUUAACCCAUUUGGAUCAACAGACCAACAAGCACCAAGUCAUCGCUCACUAGUGAGACAGGUAGCAGUUGAUUGCCUGUCUAGUUUAAAUGGAUCCUCGGUUGACAGAGGUAGUAUUAGUAGCCUUAGCUCAGAUGGAGACAACACCGACAUUGGAACAGAGACAACUAUUAAAGGAAACUACAGGAAGAAAACACAGAAGUUUGACUACACAAAAUGGCACACAUACAAAGGUGGAACAUUUCGGAAGCUCUACAACCCUGACAGAGACAGUCCUCUUAAGACCAAAAAGACUGCAUCUAGCAUUGAACAAACAGACAGUCUGGAAAUUCAAAUUAGCCAACCAAGAGACAGUGCAUCUGUGUCUCCAAACUUUACUUCCUGUUCUGUUGUAUGUAACUCCCAAACUGCCGAGAUGUCUUUAGCACAGAAACUAAACCAGGUCACUUCUUCAUACAUUCUUCUGAAAAGUCCUCUAAGGAAAACAGUAGAAGAACCUAAGCAGAUGUUGACGUUACAAAAUACUCAAAGCUCUGACUUCCACAUCCCAUCAGAGAGAAAGAAACAGCGGACUGGGAGCAAUGUGCACAUGCUCACUAUGACAGGUCCUUCAAUUAGACCGGUAAAUGCAAAUCUGUGGGGUUUAAUAAGUAAACCGCUUCCAUCAACUUGUGGAACGCACAGUUCCAUCAAAGGUCCAGCACAUAAAGUCAACAAGCCAAAUCUUCACGCACAGAGCAGCUUCAUACAAUUCUCAAAGGCAAAUAAGUUGUUGUGUAAAACACCCAGCCCUGCUUUUUGUUUGAUCAAUAUGGGUGGGACAUCUGGUACACCUUCUGUUUCAACCAAUAGUCCUACUCUGCCUGAAGCCAAGACCAGCUUUCCUCCCAAGUACCAACUGAAGAUUCCUUCUUCUGCAGAUGGUGUGUUGACGUCCUGCUCUUCUCUGACCCUCCCAGAAUUCAGUCAAAGCCAUCCAACAACAGUUCAAACUGUUCAAUGUCAUACAGAGAAUGAGAAUCAGGGUCCCUCAAAAGUCCCACCUUUUGAACAGACUAAGCAAUGUAAAUUGUGUGAAACCACCUCGAUACUCACAGAUUUUUCCUCAUUGCAGAAUCAAACAAACACUUUAUCUAAAGUUUUGCCACAGCUUCAGCCAACCACACCUACAUCAGUUUCACUCAUUUCGGCUGUUGUGCUUCCAACAGUACAGCAUCAACAAAGUAGUUGUACGAAGGAUGUGGUGGAAAACCAGUCAACCAAUCCUGUAUCAUCCUCUCAUCCUGUCAAAACUUCAGCGAACAUUCUGUCAUUCACAUCAGGAAGUUGUUCUGGAUCUGCUAAUACAACUGUACAAAUCUACCCUUCAACAACUAUGUCAUCCACAAUUCAAAAUGACCAUGUCUCCCAGGUGUUCACAUUUGAAAAACCACCUGGGCUUACAGAAGACACACAAUUUACUUCCUCUAAAAUGGCAACUGGUGACUUUCAAAGCUCCCAUUCUGAAGGAAAAGUGACACUUUGGAGCGGUUCAACACAGUCCCAGGCUCAAAACACAUUUUAUGUACGAACAGCAGAUCUUCAGAUUGUCAUGCAGCUGAUUUCCGAUGAACAGUUGGCACUAAUAGAGCCUCAUAUUGAAAAAAUAGAUUUCAAGCCAGCAGAAAGUUGUUCUGUGACUAGCAUUUGCACAAAUCAAAUAUCUCUUUCACAAGAGGAGUACAGUAAUGAUGUGACCACUGUGGGUGUGACACAAGACAUGGUUAAUUUAGAAAACAAAGAACAAAAUGCUGCUUUUUCAAACCUUAAAAAUGCAAUACAUGAUUCUAGUGCAAACUCCAACACUUGUGUUUCAUCUUGGUCACAUCCACAAAAAAAGUUUCAUAACUCAGCCUCAACAGGACAAUUCAAUGAAACAGAUAAGAUACCAAAGAAUUUCCAAGAUAGAAAAUCGGUUGAGUUUAAUGUUACCACAGAGUUGCAUCACAGUUUGUCUGGUGACAAAUUAAGUGAACUUGAUUUAGUAGACAAGAGACAAGACAACAAACAUCACAUUUUUGUUCGUAACCUAGUAAACUCUUUUGACACUAAAGUUACUUUCAGCCAGGAUCAAACAGACACGAAACAAGAACUUAAUAUUGAAAAAUCAGUUUUAAAAGAAAUGUUUUGUUUAAAAGAUUCAAAUCACACACAAACAAUAAAAAAUACUGAUCCAGAGGAGGUUAACAAAACAAGGCCCCUCAUGCCAGUCACAUUAUUAAGAGAUAUUGAAGGGGUUCAACUUCACAGUUUGACAGCUUCACAGUAUGGAUCUUGUUUUGCUGACAAAAUGAUACCAAUGACAACUCCCACAGAAUCACAACAAAUGCAAAAAGUGUUGAUCUCCACAACACAACCUUGUCAGAGCAAGUCAUGCUGGGCUGCAUGUUCAGCUACAAAAGAAAUGAAAACAUGUAGCACAAGUAAGCUCAAGCUUAGAGCCCAUCAGAACGAAACUUUCCUUUCAGACCAAACAACUACACACUAUGAAAUCCAGAAGGACUUUGGACAGACUCGUGUUGACUACACUGAAAAUGUUAAAGCCUACACUGUGACACCAAACAGGACUUCUAACUCCAUUACUGAGGACAGCUCGGAAUUUGGAAGUACUCCUGUCCAUACACACCAUGAUAAUCUGGAUAUAUUUACAGGGCCUGGGGAGGACGGUGCUCUCAAAAACGUAUGGUUUCAGAGGGACUCAAAAACAGACAGCAGGGAAUCAGACCCCAGGAAACCUGAGAGUGGUGUUAGAGAUGAAGAGAAACCAGGCCCAAAGAUGACUGAUAUGAACAACACAUGCAAGAGCUGUGAGAACAAUGGCAAAAGCAAGGAAGAGUCUUGUGAGGAUCAUAAGACAGCAGAUCAAGCUCACCAUCAUCUCUCCCAGGAAGUGAUUAAUGCGUCCCUCAACAUUUCAAACCCAACUCACAAUGAGAACUUUAGCGUUCCAAACAAUCCUGAAACAUCUGUUUGCAACAUCUUCUCACAGACGUGUCCAUCUCAAGGUCAAGAGGGAUUUAACAACUAUGCCAGGAGAGACAGUGAGGAUAAAGUCUUUGGAAAAGGCACUUCUCAAGAGACAAGCCAAAGUGAGACAACCUCUCCUGCCUAUGGGAUUAUUUUGCCUUCUCCAGGUUUGGAUAUAGACAGAUUUUCCAUUCAACCAUGCAGACAUCUUUUGGUUCCUCCACUUUUGGUAAACGGCAAGCAAAAGGAAAUUCAAAAGGAAACACAGACAAGGAACAAUAUGACCCUUUGGACUUAUGGCACUCAACCCCAGGUUAUCUCACCACAAAACAAACAGAAUAGCGCAACUGUAUCAGGCAGUGUAUGGCAAAACCAUGGCAGUGCAUUAGUGACUGAGGUAGUCAGGACAAGUACGACCCCAUCAUCCUGUGCUGCACUGAUGAGUUUCAAUUCCCCACAUAAAACUUACAAUCAAAUCUCUCAUACUAAUCAAACAGGUUCAUUACAGGUUAUUAACUCACAGACAAACUUUAAAUUAAACUAUUCAGGCAACAGCAGUUACCUAGAACAUGAGGACAGUAACAGCAGCAGCGAUGAUGAGCAAAAAUUAGUCAUUGAACUUGAGUAACACAGACACACACACGCGCACGCACACAGGUACACACAUACCACACACGCACACACACAUUGUAGUUUUAAUAUAACAGUAAGGACUUCAUAUUGCCAUUUAUUCCUGAUAGAUUUAAGCUAAUUAUGAUUUGUACAUAUAUAUGUAAGAUGAUUUUAUGUAGAAUACAGUAAAUCACAAAAAUGUACUUUAGCUGUGUCAAAAUUACUUCAUAAAUCAUGACAUACAUGUCCAAAGCUUUUAAUGGUAGUGUAGGUUUUGUAGGUACAGGGGAGGGGAUAUAUGCGACAUGUGUCUAUCAAUAAUUUUUCACUAUACGUUAACUAAGACUAUGUUUAUAUUAAUGCAUUCUCAUUUUACUGUUUGAUACUGUUACACCUGGCAUACAGUACACACUACUGCAGAGUUUUUGGCCCUCAGAGACAUUUUUUAAACGCUGCAGACCUUGGAAUUCUGGGGAUCCUGCAGCAGUAUGAACGGACCUUAAGGCGUGGGUGCAUCACUUCCUUAUUGGGUGUUCUGGAUCAUUGUGUAUCAUAUAACCAUUAUGCUACCAAGAGAUGACUAGCCGCAGACUAGACUCUGUAAACAAUAACAUGGAGCGGAGUUUCAGCAAUUCAAAUGCACAUUGGAUGGGUUGCACCAACAAGGGUUUAUUUAAUAAUGUUGCACCAAAUUUUAAAUCUUGUUUAAAAAUAAACAGGGUUACAUUUAGUUUUGAUUAACUUUAAACUUGCAUUUGAGGAGGUUUAAAUAAAAGAUUCAACAAUUAAAUGUGUUGCUAAAUGAUCAAAAACAGACACCUCGAGCGUGGUGCCACUAGCCAAAGAUGCAUUUAUUAUAAUGUCUCAACAGAGUGAGUUUGGUGGCCCAGUAACAUGUUUUGUCUUUGAAGCAUCAAGUCUAGGAUACCCUCCCUUCCACACAGUACAUACAAAGACAUAUUUUCACUGUAGAUCACUGACCGUCUGAAAGAAUCGUCACUACCAGCGUCAUCACUAUCAUGUAAAAGAUUACCCUCAUGCUAGCUUGCGCUGUCUCGAGUAAACCUGUUGUCAUCUGUGCUUUGCUGUAAGUUCCCAAACUCCCUUUUAGUGAUGAAAAACAUCCACAGGUUGAGAAUCAGGAACACCAUAACAGUUUUUUCCAGACUUGCAGUUUGUGGCGGCACAUUCGCGACGCGCAUGUCAGAAUAUAUACGAUGUAUGUAGGUUGUGAUUUAUAAUGCAAAACUUACAUUUCCUUUGCCUGCAUAAACUGUUUAUUUCAUUUUUGAAUGAAAAAGUCAACAUUGUUGCUGUUUAAUUACACCGGCAAAUUCAUCAUCAAGUUUUAAUCUAAGAUUUGUUAAUCUGUGUUUACAUUUUAAUGGUGCAACACAACUCCACAACUCAAAUUAAAAUUAAACUGUGAUCAACAAAGCCUAGAUUUGCUUAAUCUCUGCUUAAUUUUAUCCUUGUUGGUGCAACCAACCCAUUGUGUGUUUAUUCAUGACACAAAAGCCCAAAACAAGAGCAUUGUAUAACAAUACAGGUGUCCUUGUGCUCCCUCAGAUUUUUGCAUGCAACCUCUCAAAAUAAUUGAAGCAUAUUUUCAUAAGGCAUUAGCCUUUCACUCUACCAAGCACUUCCGGUUAGCGAGUUUGUUUUCUCCAGAAGUUGUUUUCAGCACAAUAUGUUCCGGAGCCGUGUCAGCGUGUAACACCAUCCAUAGUUUACUUUUUCUGCAUGCUAAUCAAAGACAGUAAAAGACGCUAACCGGAAGUCAUUGGCAGAGUGAAAGGCUAAUGGUGGCCCGCCUAUUUCACCCGGGAAACUUGUCUAUAGGCAAAAUAUGUCCAGUUUUUCACACUGACAUUUUCACUGUUUUUAUUAGGGGCUUCAUUCUGGACGCAAUUAAUUAUUAAUGAAAUAUACAAAUCCAGAUGCAACAGAACAGCACUGGUGCCGUCAUUGUGCACGGUCGCAAAUACGUUGUUGCUGGUGCUGCAUUUUGUUAUUUGAUCAAAUUAAAAAUUCCAUCACAAACACUUGCCACAAUUUCAAAACGCAGCUUCUGAAUGUUCAGUUUACCCUACUUGUGUACAAAGAUGAUGGUUCAAAGUCUGUUUAAUGUUUAUUUCUACUGUAGAUUCACCCCUUAGGGUGCACGGAAUGUUCAUAUGCUCUGACUUUGAUGCAAAACAGCAUCUUCUGAUAAUUUUAAAUAAAAAUGUUUUAUAGGCUUU